GUACAAUAGUUUAGGGACCAAAUUAGAAAUUUCUUUAGUUUAAGGACCAAAAUGGAGAUCCAUAUAAUAGUUUAGGAACCAAAAUAGGGAUUUAACCUUCUUUUUUCGAUCAUAAGCAUUUCCGUGUUUACCUUUAUUUAUUUAUUAAAUUGAAUCAUUUUGAUCUCACAAAGCAAAUUCGGAUCUGUUAAGAGUCCACUGUGCCGACCGGAAAACCCAGCCAGCACCAUGUUUCUCCAUGUCAUCCUUUUCACCGCUCUCUAUGCAAUUACCAUCCAUUUUCUCCACAAAAUCCGGAACCUACCGCCGAUCCCAUUUCCAACUCUGCCCAUAAUCGGCCAUCUCCACCUCCUCAAGAAACCCCUCUACCGCUCCCUCUCGAAAAUCGCAAACCAGCACGGCCCACUUCUUCUCCUGCACUUCGGUUCUCGCCGUGUCCUAGUCGUCUCAUCUCCGGAGGCCGCUGAAGAAUGCUUCACCAAAAAUGACAUCGUCUUCGCAAACCGCCCCCAUCUUCUUGCUGGCAAGCAUGUGGGUUACAAUUACACUAGCCUUGCCUGGGCAUCGUACGGUGACCACUGGCGAAACCUGAGGCGCAUCUCUUCAAUCGAGAUUCUCUCCACGAACCGUCUCCAGUUGCUCUCCGGCAUACGCAGCGAUGAGAUCCGAUUGCUGGUUCAGAAGCUCUUCAAGAAUCAAAAUCAAACGGUGGAUAUGAAAUCUGCAUUUUUUGAGCUAACGUUGAACGUGAUGAUGAGGAUGAUGGCGAGGAAGAGGUACUACGGUGACAGCGUCGCCGAGGUAGAAGAGGCAAAGAGUUUUGAGGUGGGUAAGUAAUUGUGAAAAGAGAUUGG